AUGGCAACUAUUCCCUUAGGCCGCUACCUCUGGGAACGCAUAAAGCAAGUCGGUGUCUCCACAAUCCUGGGCGUCCCCGGUGACUUCAACCUCGACCUCCUAGACCACAUCUACGACGUGGAAGGUCUCCGCUGGAUCGGCAAUGCGAACGAGCUUAACGCCUCUUACGCUACGGACGGGUAUGGCAGAGUAAAGGGUGUCCCGGGGGUCAUGGUGACUACUCACGGAGUCGGCGAGCUGAGCGCGCUGAACGGCGUCGUGGGCGCGCAUGCGGAGCAGGUCAAAGUUAUCCAUGUCGUUGGGCAGACGCCGCGGCUGUUUCAGGAGAAGAGGAUGUUGAUCCAUCAUUCUAUCGAUUCAGACCCAGAUCAUGGGGUAUACAAAAAAAUGUCUAAACCAGCGCGCGUUGCAGAGGCUGAGCUGUGGGAUGCCCAGAAGGCACCCGCUGAGAUUGAUCGCGUGAUCAGAGAAUGCUUCAUCCAGUCGCGGCCGGUCUACAUAUUCUUUCCGCUGGACAUCGUAGCCGAGCACGUGCCUGCAGAGCGGCUGAAGACUCCCAUUGACUUGUCACUACCAUUCGAGGCAAAGAGCCAGGAUACAGCGAUUGAGGCCAUCACGCAAGCGCUGGGAUCCUCAAAGAAUCCGGCUCUUUUCGUGGAUGCACUCACCCACCGCCACGGCGCCCAAGACGAGGCCAGGCGAUUGGCAGAUAAGCUGAAGAUCCCUAUCUUUUCUUCAGGCAUGGGCAAAGGCAUUGUCGACGAGACUCAUGAGUGCUUCGUUGGCAUUUACAGCGGCAAAGUAUGUGCACCAGGCGUGGGAGAGGCCAUCGAGGGAAGUGAUCUGGUACUCCUACUAGGCGACAUUCCCGCGGACACGAACGCUGCUUUCUCCAGGAAACUUCGCCCGGAGACGACUAUCAAAAUAAACCCAACAGACGUCGACGUCAAAGGCAAAACUUACGCAAAUACUCACAUUAAACCCCUCCUCGCCCGCCUAGCCGAGACCCUCCAGCCCAUGAGCGUCCCUAUGCCGCAACUCCCGCCCCCCCAACAAGACCUCGCAACCAUCGACCCGGCCAAGCACAUCACUCAGAAAUGGAUCUGGCCCCGGCUCGCCUCCUUCCUCCAGCCGCACGACAUCCUCAUCGCCGACACUGGCACGGCCUCCUACGGUCUCGCCGCCGUGCCCUUCCCGCAGCGCGACGUGACCUACAUCACGCAGACCUACUAUGGUAGCAUCGGCUACGCCACGCCCUGCACUCUCGGUGCGGAACUCGCACGCGAUGAACUGCACCGUGAGCAGGGCAUGCCACGGGGGCGGACUAUCCUGGUGACCGGGGAUGGAAGUCUAGCGCUCACGGUGCAGGAGAUUAGCACCAUGGUCGCGGUUGGGGUAAAGCCCAUCAUCUUCAUUAUCAACAAUGGCGGGUAUACGAUCGAGAGGGUCAUCCAUGGCGCCAAGCAGCCGUACAACGCGAUUCCGCCGAGUCAGUACCAGUUCCUGCUGCCGCUGUUCUCGCAUCCGAGCCCGGAGAGCUCGUUCUGGCGCGUGAGUACGAAAGAGGAGAUGGAGAAGGUGCUGGAGGACGAGGCGUUGAGGGCGCCGGAUUCGGUCAAGAUCGUGGAGGUCGUGAUGGAGGUUAUGGAUGCGCCGGAGGUGUUGGUUAAGCUGGUGGCGAGCAGAGGACCGGCGUUUGAGAAGUAUCUGAGGGAGAACGGGUUUAUGGAGUGA